ACUACACCACCUCCGCGUCUCCGUGCGCUGCUUAGAAGCAGAUCUGCGGGCAGCGGGCGCGCACUGCAGGGAGAUGAACCACGCUGCAGGUCCCGGAGCAGCAGACGAGCUGGGCAGACCCGUUCACUUUUCCUCCUCGGCUCUUCUCCUCUCUCUGCGGGACAUCUCGCACCGUCCGGGAUCAUGCUGUUCCUUCAUACGGCUGAGUUAUCAUCGCCUUAUUGGAUCGCAGCUGAGUGAAAGAGAAAGUCCACACUGGAUCUGAACCCUGCGCACUUGUCUUGUUUUUUUAAACUUUGCCACUGUGUAUGAGCUCCUUGAUUUCAGAAUAACUCCAGCGGAUUUUUUGGCACACUUUUCUCCCUCACAUAUUUUGGAUUAUUCCCGCACUGAAGGAGAUAUGUUGCUUUUAUUCGUGGUCAGCCUGGCCGUGUUGUCAGAUGCAGGUGUGUCUGUGGUGGUGUUUAAUGCAGGUGUGGCCCCUCGCUGUGAGAACCGCGCCUGCAACCCCCGCAUGGGGAACCUCGCCCUGGGUCGCCGGGUGCUGACGCAGACAGUCUGUGGCAACAACGGCACCGAGCUCCACUGCUCCUACUCCGACCCCGACGCCAACUUGGCUUGCAGCGCCGCCAAGUGCGCCAAAUGCAACGCCGGCCUGCCCCACCUGUCACACCUGGCCGGGGCAAUGUCCGACUCCUCCUUCCGCCACCCGAACACCUGGUGGCAGUCAGCCGAAGGGGUGGAGUCAGAGAUGGUGCAGCUGGACCUGGAGACAGAGUUCUACUUCACGCAUCUCAUUGUGGUGUUUCGCUCACCGAGGCCUGCUGCCAUGACUCUGGAGCGCUCACAGGACUUCGGGCAAACCUGGAGGAUGCUGCAGUACUUCGCCACCAACUGCAGCGCUGCGUUCAGGUUGGAGGAGGGAAAGGCAGGCGUCGGUGAGGAUGGAGCCACCUGCACAUCCAAGUACUCCGGUGCCUACCCCUGUAACCGCGGAGAGGUGAUCUAUCGAACCCUUCCGAAGUGGGAGUCGCUGGAUCCUUAUGGGCUGAAGGGCCAGCAGCAGCUGAAGGUGACCAACAUCCGCAUCCGGCUGCUGAAGCAUCAGAAGUGUCCCUGCCAGGCCAAAGACCUUGUCUCAGCACACGAAGCCCUCCCCACCCGACACUUCGCCAUCUAUGACCUGAUAGUGAAGGGGAGCUGCUUCUGUAACGGCCAUGCCGAUCAUUGUAUCCCCGCGCCGGGAUACCAGCCCAUCAGAGACCGGACCAACCACGUGGUCCAUGGGAAGUGUGUGUGCAGACACAAUACUGCAGGUGAUCACUGCGAGCGCUGCGCUCCUCUCUACAACGACAGACCGUGGCAGCCCGCCGACGGACUGACUGGGGCACCGCAUGAAUGUCGGAAGUGUAAGUGUAAUGGACACGCUCAGAGCUGCCACUUUGAUUGGACGGCGUGGCGAGAGUCUGGCCAGCGAAGUGGAGGCGUCUGUGAUUGUUUACACAACACCGAAGGGCGACAGUGCGAGAAAUGCAUGCCGGGCUUUUACAGAGAUCCCCACCGACCUCACGCCGCCCCCGACUCCUGCAAACCAUGUGACUGUCACCCCAUGGGCUCCGUGCCCUUCCACUUGGCAGAUGGCUCGCUCUGUGACCCCUCCAAUGGGAACUGCAUCUGCAAACCAGGCAUCGGUGGAGCCCACUGCGACAGGUGCAUGGUGGGAUACUGGGGCUUUCACGAAUAUGGCUGCCGUCCCUGUGACUGCGCAGGAGACUGUGAUCCAUUUACUGGAGACUGCAUGUUUGGCGCCGAUCUGGAGUUGUUCCACCUGGACAGAAACUCCAGCGAGUCCGUCAGGAUCUUCAGAACAGAUGAACUCUUCUCUGCUCUCCACUUAGAGAAGUGUGAGUGCCAAGAGCAAAGCCUGACCAACAGUAAACUCUUCUGCACCAGGAAUUAUGCAUACGUGCUGAAGGUGAGAGUACUGACAGCUCACGAUAAGGGCUCCCAUGCCGAGGUGGAGGUCAAAGUUCAGAAGGUGCUCAGUCAGAACACCAAAAUGAAGAUACAGCGAGGUCGGGUCACCCUUUACCCCGAGUCCUGGACUGCACGAGGCUGCACCUGCCCUAUCCUCAAUCCAGGAGUCGAGUACCUGGUGGCGGGUCAUUUGGAUCGUAAGCAGGGCCGCCUCUUGGUCAACAUGAAGAGCUUCGUCAAGCCUUGGAAAGCUAGCCUGGGCCGCAAGGUUCUCACACUUCUCAAGAAAGACUGCAACUGGUAGACGUGUGUUAAGAAACAACACCGGAGGGAGAGGUGACGUGACGGAUGAGACUGUUUUUAACUAAACAGAGCGGUGGAUUUGCAGUUUCCCGUCUUCCAGGUGUGGAUUACUGGGUCGCACAGGUCUGAGAGCAGGAUUUGAGGGACGGGACUAAGAUGAUUGAAGCCCUACGUGUCUCCACUGCUGAUAGCUCAAAGCUAAUGGCGGACUGCACAAGCUAAAAGCACGCAGGACGUAAUUUUAUUAAGACACGUCUGUCUCGCGUCUGUCUCUCAUUCUUACAUUCUCCUGUAGGAUUCAAGCAAACAUUUCCUUUGCUGUUGCUGCUGCAGCUCAAGAAAUUAAAGGAAUUCAGCGGCGUGUCCGAGAACUGAGCGACACUUCUUCUUCCUCUGCAGCACUUUAUCCUCAGAUGGACUGAGGGAAUACGGACACACAAAGAGAGGAGGAUUAAUAACACACAUACAAACACAACCCAUUUCCUUUUUUUUUUUUUUUUUUUUACAGUGGACACACACACAGUUUGUGUGUUGCAGACACAAUGUGCAAAGAGUGACGCUGAACAAGCCAUACAAGCCACUACAGGUGGUUAAAUCUUAGCCAGUCCAGGUGUGCCUGUGUUGAAAUCAGAGCGACUGGGUUUCACCCCAAACGUGAAUGUAUUUGUCUGAGGGUGUUUGUGCGAAUGUGUGUGUGAGAGCGGUUGAAUGCAGCAGUGUAUAUUACGAGCACAGUCCAGAUUAAGUCCAGCUCUGAAGCUUUUCUGUAGUUUUCAACCGUUCCAAUGUUUAUGAGACAGAAUGCUGUUUGUUAAUUCAUCUCAUAUUUACACUCCACUGCUGAAAUCAGAAAGCUUAUUCCUUCCUUUUUAUGCUCUUGUACAGUAUUAUUUUGUAUAUAUCUACAUAAAUAUUAUGCCUUAUCUUUCCCCAGUUGUUUUUUCAUGGUAACAUUAAAGGACAAAUUCAAA